UUCCCUCGGCUGGAAUCGUCAAGUUCAGCACAUACACACACCCAUUAGGAGAGCGAGUGUGUGUGUUCGCACCUACCUGUUCAUCGCACUGCGAUAAGAGCCUAUGGAUUUGUCCAAUAUUCCAUAAUCGCAGAGAAAUUAUAUAACUUUCGAACAUUUAAAGCACAUAAUCGAACGAAGGCACUGACAUUCUGACAACUGGCCAUCAACCUUCGAAAUUACCAAGUGUCUACAUAGUCGCUGUGCAGGCAUAUAUACAGAAGCGGCGUACAUAUACACUUAGCCGUGUAUAUGCGCAAAGAAGCGUUCUCGCCACAAACUUGUUUACCCGCGAUAAGACGGCGCUGUUGGGUCACAAGCACCGUCGGCGCUGAUAAGACCCAGCAGCUUCCAGUGCCGGAAUCAAGAGGACUGGGAGUCAGAGUUGCCACACAAAAUCUCUCAGCUGAUCCAGGCCCGUUUCCUAUUUUCACUUUCGUUUAGAUUCAGGGAAAGUGGUUUCCAAUAAUCAAGGUCUCUUAGCAGAACAGUUUUGUCGACGGCCCGACCAUGAGCAACCUUCCUCGAGUUAACAUCGACGAGCCCAAGUAUGACCAGAACACAUAUAUCGGCCGGGCCAAGCACUUCUUCCUGGUCACCAAUCCGCUCAACGUGCUGGCAUCCAGCGCGCAGCUGGAGAAGGCCCGCCAGAUCGUGCUGAAGUACCGUGCCGGCAAGGAUGUGCCCGAGUGCAAGACCAUUGACGAUGUGUGGCGCGCCAAGUACCUGUACGACUCUGCCUUCCACCCGGAGACGGGCGAGAAGCAGAUAGUGUUCGGCCGCAUGUCCGCCCAGAUGCCCAUGAACACGAUCAUCACUGGCGGCAUGAUGGCCUUCUACAAGAGCACCGGCGCCGUUGUCUUCUGGCAGUGGUUUAAUCAAACGUACAAUGCCGUUGUCAACUACACAAACCGUUCGGGCACAACGCCGAUCAGCCAGCAGCAACUGGUGACCUCUUACUGCCUGGCCACCGGCGGAGCCCUGGCCACGGCACUGUCGCUAAACAGGGCGGUGAAGAACAUGAGUCCCCUCGUGGGCCGCUUGGUGCCGCUCGUCGCCGUUGCGGCCGCCAAUUGCAUCAACAUCCCCUGCAUGCGGAUGCAGGAACUGCGGAACGGAGUGGUGCUGUUGGACGAGAAUAACACCGAGAUGGGUGUGUCCAAAAAGGCGGCUGCUGUGGGUAUCUCGUCCGUCAUUCUGAGUCGAAUCGCCAUGGCCCUUCCCGGAAUGACGCUGACCCCGAUGCUGAUGAACAACCUCGAGAAGCGGGGCUUCCUGGCCAAGUACCCGCGCUCUAACGCCCCCAUCCAGACGCUUUUCUGUGGCUUCGUACUGAUCUUCGCCACGCCGCUCGGCUGCGCCUUCUUCAAGCAGCGAGCGGGCAUCAAGGUGGACAGCUUGGAGUCUGAGGUCCGCGACAGCAUCAAGAAGAAACGGCCCGAGCUGGACACCGUGUGGUUCAACAAGGGCCUCUGAGCCCAGAGCAUAAUCCUCGAGCUUACAAAGACAAUAUCGUUUGGCCUGGCCUAUUUAUUUACUCACCACGCAUUUAUUAGCAUUUUGCCAGUUGAGUUUCGUUUGAAAUACUCAUGGGAAUACUUCUUAACGCCCACGCACGAAUGUGAAAGACGGAAGGAAACCAAAAUAAAUAUAUUUCUGUUAAUUUGAA